AUGAGCCCCAUUACAAGCCGACAAUGGCACGGACAUGGCCAGCUACACUUAGAUCUCGAGCCGUACCGUAUCGGGCGGGACCAAGUGCUCACUCUUCCUCUGGCCUCAUCUGCUCACGUGAUCUCUGGCCUCUUAGCGACUGACGCCGGCUCAAGACGAAUGCAUUUUGGAUAG